CAUUUAGCGGCGGCUGUCCCCACCGCUCGCUCUUUCGCUCCCUCCUUAGCCCGCUUCACUUCGUGGAUUACGCCCGCCGGCUCCCAGCCUUUGAUGCCACAAGUAAACAAACCUCGCAUGUCGCCUUCUGCUGGGUCCUGGUGUGUUCCACUUUCUAUAGAUUCGGCGUUUAGUGUGCACCUGCGGAGGUCUUGGAAGCCUGAUGAACUCGUCUUUUUCAGUUUCCUGGAACCCUCUGCUGUGGUCCUCGUGAUAAGAGUGACCUUUUUGGCCUGCUCUCCCCAGCUCUUUUACAGUCCUCAUGGGGAGGAACCAUCUCUGUUCUUUUGUGCUGUAAUCAUCCUUCCUGAUCUCUCUAAAACGUGCUGUUUACAAAACUCCUUUGCAGCUAUUUUCUCACAUACCCCACAGCAGCCCCACAAGGUGUUCACUCCAUUUUGUCCACGAAAAAACUGAGGCUCAGGGGGAUUUUGUCCUUUGUCUGUGGGCAUGAAGCUGCUGAGUGGUGGAGCUGGACUGGAAUCUAGGCCUUUCUUCCCUUCCACAGUGCCCCGCACACAGCAAACCCACAGAACAACUGACACGCAUGUGACAGUCACUGUGGACAUCAGUGACAUUCCCAAGAGAGGCACCAAGAAAUCUCUUCCCUGUCUGAGGUUUCCCAGACAGAUAGAGUAGUAUCAGGCCCAGAGCCCCAGAGUCCUGGCUGCCAGCCGCAGGCCCCCUCUCUUGGUCAGGGAAAGAGGUUGCCUAGGAAAAGCUGGGGAUUACACAGCUAAUCCGGGCUCAGACCUGAGUCCUCAGAUCCCUCCCUUUGGGGCAGAAGAAGGGGGGCAGGUCAGAGCCAGCGGGUGGAUUCCUUCCUCAUCUGUCUCUAACUGGGUCAAAGGAAUACAGGCCGAGGGAGAGGCAGGUUGGGGAUGCUGGGGACAGGAGAUGCUGGGCAUGGGGGGGGAUGGAAAAUGGAGAGUGAGGGAAGGAUCCUCUGUUCAUUCAGUGCCAGGCUCUGGGCCAAGCACUUGCCAUGUGUUACCUCCUUAAUCCUCCAAAACUCCAGCCUCAGGAAUGAUGAGCCCUGUUUUCAGAAGCAGGGUAUCAGCAUUGCUGAGUGGCCUGCCCAGGAUGACACAACUGCCAGAACUCGGCCUGAGGUCUCCUAACAACAAAUCCCCCACUGGUCCCCACCCACUGGAGCACCUACUUGCCAGGCUUCUCAAGCGAAGAAGGAGAUCCACUCCGAUGUCAUCUCCCAGGAGCCUUCUCUGCAGCAUCUCAGGUCCUGGCUGUCACCUCCUCAGCACCCAUCCCAUCCUGUGUCACUCUGUGUAUCAGCCUCCCCAGCCAGCCUCCAGGCCACAAGCCAAGAGGUAUCAAGGGCUCCUCCCUGUCCCACUGGCCCCACAUCCACUGUGUCUAUCUGGUCAACUUUACCUUCCAAACAUUCCCUGCACAGUGAUAGAUGGCUGUGGCCCUGUCAUCUCUCACCUGAAAUUAACAAUGUAUCCUUGGGGCCUCCCACCCUCACAUGUUGGCUCCUCCAGCCCCUUCUCUGCAAACAUGGAACAGUGGGAUUAUUAUAAAUCUCAGACCCGUUUUGCCCCUUUCCUGCCUGAGAGUUUUUGUGGUUCCCCACUGCCCUCAGAACAAAGCUCAAGACCCUUUGGCCUGGCAUUCAAGGUCCUUUGUGCAGCCACCUGUCAACCUCCCCAGUUCCAGCUCCUCUGGCUUUGCCCAUACAAGCUGGAUCUGCACCAGAGGAUCUGUCUUCCUCCCAACUUGGCCCUAGUCCUCCUAGGAGCCCUUUGGACGUCACGUCCCCCAGGAAGCUUUCUGCAACCACCCUACAACCGUCCCUAUAAACUUUAUAAAACCAAUUAGGGAAGAAGUAGGGGGAAAAGAUGAAAAUAAACCAAGCCUGCAGCAUACUCAGCAUUCAUCAUGAGGUCAGCUGCUCUCUGACCUGCUUCCUCAUGGCUGGUUGGUGCCUGUUGUC